AUGACCAUCGCCGCCGCAGCGUUUGGCCUGAUCUCAGAUGGAUACCAGAACAACCUCAUGACGAUGAGCAAUGUCGUGUUUAAGAAACUCUAUCCGAAGGAAUACACGUCCGACGUCUCGACCCGGGUCUCCAACGCCCUUCUCGUCGGUGCGGUGCUCGGACAGGUCUCGGUCGGGCUGCUGUGUGACCGCGUCGGGCGCAAGGCGGCGCUCGUUGCUACGACGCUCCUGAUCAUAGUCGGCGCGACUAUAGGAACCGCGGCCCAUGGCGCGCACGGCAGCGUCCAGGGAUUGUUCUGGUGCUUGACUGUGGCCCGAGGAAUCACGGGGGUGGGCGUUGGCGGCGAGUAUCCUGCGUCUUCGACGAGCGCGAGCGAGGCGGCCAAUGAGAAGGUUCUCAAGCACAGAGGCCCUGUGUUCAUAAUGGUGACGAACUUCGUGCUGAGCUUCGGAGGACCCUUGGCUGUCGCCGUGUUUCUCAUCGUGCUAUCCGCCGCCGGCGAAGACCACCUGCCGACGGUGUGGCGGGUGUGCUUCGGGAUAGGCAUCCUCCUCCCAGUCACGGUCUUCUUCUUCCGGAUGCGCAUGAUGACCACCGUACUGUUCCGGCAAGGCGCGAUCAAGCGACGGGUGCCGUACUGGCUCGUGCUCAAACGCUACUGGCGGACGCUGAUUGGCACCUGCGGAGCCUGGUUCCUCUACGACUUUGUCACCUUCCCGAACGGUGUCUUCUCGGGCACUAUCAUCUCUAGCGUGAUCAAAAACGCGGAUAUCAAGGCAACCGCGGAGUGGCAGCUGCUCCUGGGCGCGAUUGCGCUUCCCGGCGUCUUCGUCGGUGCGCUCCUGUGUAACCCCCUGGGCCGGCGGAAUACCAUGAUCCUGGGCUUUAGCGGGUACCUCGUCUUCGGGCUGAUCAUUGGCCUCGCGUACGACAAAAUCACGCAUAUCAUCCCCCUCUUCGUGAUCUUCUACGGUUUGAUGCAGUCAUUCGGCAACCUGGGCCCCGGCGACAUGCUCGGACUGGUGAGCGCCGAGUCGUUCGCUACCCCCGUAAGGGGGACGUGCUACGGGCUGUCUGCGGCGAUCGGAAAGACGGGCGCAGCGAUCGGGACCCAGGCGUUCACGCCCAUCCAGACCAACCUGGGCAAAAAGUGGACGUUCAUCAUCGCGGCGAUAUGCGGCGUGACCGGCAUCCUGGUCACGUACUUUUUCGUGCCGGACAUGACUGGGGUCGACCUCGCAGACGAGGACGAGAAGUUCUUGCAGUACCUCGCGGACAACGGUUGGGAGGGCGAGGUCGGGGACGACUCCGAGGAGGUUGAGGACGAUGUGUCGAGCGACAGCGGUACGAUCGAGAAGAAGGUCUAG